AUGGGACAGGAUCUUGAACCUUCUUUCAAAGAUGUAAAACUUCUCAACAGACUUUAUUGUACUCGAAAUUAUCCACAUACAUCUACAUUGUCUAAAUCAAUAAAUUCGUGGUGUGAUAUAAAAAAUUAUGAAUUAAAUAAUGGAAAAUGCCGGAAUGGUGGGUAUCCAGACCCAUUAAAAAAUUGUAAAUGUCUAUGUCCUGAAGGAUAUGAUGGAGAUGAUUGUACCGAAUAUAAAUAUGGCAACAACGGGUUUAUGGAAAAAACAGCAAAAGGUUAUGAACGACUUAUCUGGUCUGUGGAGCUUCUGCGGAAUUUAGGCGACCAUUUACUAAUACCAACACUUUUCGUAAUAAAGGUGCUAAAUAAAACUGAUGAUAGAAUCAAAGCAAAACGUAUAAUACUACAAAUUAGAGAGAUGACUGGUUAUAAAUGCAGACGUACCUGUAAAGGAGAUGAUUAUAUAGAAAUUAAAUAUCUCAAAGAUAAAUCAGCAACAGGCUUUGCUUAA